CGAUAGCUCCGUUGCCGGCGCUCGUAGCGAUCCUCAGCCCGUGGCGCCGAAAGCGACGGGGUCGUUGCAAGGAUCAUCAUCAUCAUCAUCAUCACCAUCAUCAUCAUCAUCAUCGUAGCGCGUCAGGCGCAAUGUCGAUACGCGUGAGCGGCGUUUACCUGGUGCCCACGAGUCCGGGCGCCGAUAACGGCGGCAACGAUAAAGGCGGCAAUCUGGAUCAUCAUCAUCAUCAUCAUCAUCAUCAUCAUUCGACGACGAAAACGGUGACGAUCGUGACCGCGCCGCAGCGCAGCAACAGUCUGGACUACUUAAACUUCGAGGAGAAGCGACAGAUCAUCGCCUCGUCGUUGUCACUGAGCGAUUUUCUCGCUCAUGGACCGGCGGCAGCCGCGGCCGCCGCCAAAGAAGUCGCGGCGAACACGGUGAUAGCAAAGAAACAAAAUGGUGCUGCUCUACGGACAAACAGUUUGGGUUCGGGUGCGAGAACGCCGCCCUUGGAAAGAAAAAGCAAAUUUUCGGCCCUCGGUAGACUCUUUAAACCUUGGAAAUGGAAGCGGAAAAAGAAAUCGGACAAAUUCGAGGCCGCUUCAUUAUCACUCGAGAGAAAAAUCUCAGUACGUGCCAGCAGAGACGAGUUGGUGCAGAAGGGGAUAUUGCUGCCCGUGAUACGAUCGACGUCGUUUCCGGAAAAUGAAACGAUGAGCGAGCAGGCGGGGGACGCGCAAAAACCGCCGACGCCGCAGCAAACGCCCCAGCAGCAGCAGCAGCAACAACACAGCAACAGCAACAACCGACCGGGGGCGCCGUGA